GGAAUUUCGGGGGUCGCGGGGGGCGUGGCCGGCGCUUUGUGGGCGUGGCCUCAGGGGCAGCGGGUGACACGUGCCCAAGGGGGCGUGGCCAACGGAAUGAGCGGGACAUUCUGUCCCUGAGUGGGCGUGGCCUAUCCGGAGGCGUGACCGUGCCCAGGCCGACCCCCGAGGGCCGCCGGGAGCGCUCCCGGGACGCCGCCCGGUGCCGGCGCAGCCGCGAGGCCGAGGUGUUCGGGCAGCUGGCGCUGGCGCUGCCCUUCGCCCGCGGCGUCAGCGCCCACCUGGACAAAGCGUCCAUCAUGCGCCUGACCAUCAGCUACCUGCGCGUGCAGCGCCUGCUGGCCGCGG